AAAGAAGCCGGUGAUUUUCCCGAAAUUCGAGCCUACUAUGCAAAGUAAAAAAAAAUCAUCCUGUCAAAAAUCAAUUUGUAUAACCUGUCAUUAAUCACCAAAUUUUCUUGGUUCAAAUCAUCACAGUAUGUCGCGCCAAAACGCCAACAAUGUACCCGGUGCACCCGUCGCUCCGCCAGAUCAACCACCUCCCAUCGUUCAUACGCCAGGUAAGUCCACCGCAGUUUUUCCCCGUGCAUGGCGCGUGUGCACCUUAUGGAUCCUCCUUUUCUUACCUUUACAUUGUUCAACAUCCCAAAGGCAAUGGUCACAGGUCGAGGGGCGGACGUGCAUCUAGUCAAUUCUAUGGAUCCUCCAUUGAUUCCAUGUCGAUGGUCGACGGAGUACCGAUGGAUCGGGAAUCCAUCGACUCACGAUACCCUCCCUACCAUGCGUUCCGCGAGGAGGUCACAUACAACAUUGACGUUUUGGCGGCUUUGGCAGAUAACGAUGAAAGUCGUUACAUACAGUACGCGACCUCGGCCGAUUCCACCUUGGCUUUGCUGGAAAGUCGAAAAUACAAGGGCAACACAUUUGCAGGAAGCAACCUUUCCAUGAAUAAUGCAUCGACCUCCCAGAUAUCCAAAAACAGUCUGACCGGGUUUGGUGAGGACGCCAACUAUCCUUCAUGGGGUCCAGCCGACAACAUUCCAAUGACCCUCAGCGGUAUCGAAGCGAUUUUCACCGAUAUUGCCAAAAAAUUUGGAUUUCAAAACGAUAAUGUUCAGAAUAUGCUGGACCAUCUCAUGGUCAUGCUGGAUUCCCGAUCAUCGCGAAUGAAACCACAGCAAGCACUGGAUACGCUGCAUGCCGAUUACAUUGGAGGCGAACUGGCCAAUUACCGUCAGUGGUACUUUGCUGCUCAAAUCGAUGUCCUCGACAAUGAGGAAAAGGACCCGUUAAACGAGGAUGACCUUGAUGAAGCACAGCAAUUGGCCAAAGCCGCCGAACGAUGGAAGCUAAAAAUGCGUGCACUCACCAACGAGGAGAAAGUAAGAGAUUUGGCGUUAUACCUCUUGAUAUGGGGAGAAGCGGCGGCGGUUCGUUUCACGCCUGAAGCCCUCUGUUUCUUCUACAAAGUGGCGAGUGAUUACUACUGUCACGGGGACUGCCCCGAUGUACCAGAGGGAACUUUUCUGGACGACAUCGUCAUUCCACUGUACCGGUUUUUCCGCGACCAAACCUACGAAAAGAUCAAUGGUCGACUUGUGAAGCGGGAAAAAGACCACGACAAGAUUAUCGGCUACGACGACGUCAAUCAGUUCUUUUGGCAGCCGACCUGUUUUCGCGCUAUAAAAUUGUCCGACAAACGGACGUUACACGGACUUGCUCCGCAUGAACGGUUUCCUGCCCUGAAAGGCGUCGAUUGGAACCACACGUUUUUUAAGACGUACAAAGAAAAGCGAACGUGGAUGCAUGCUUCGAUCAAUUUCACCCGCGUAUGGAUUAUUCACAUCGUUUCAUUCUACUACUACAUUUCUUCCAACGCUACCACAUUAUACCUCAGCGCCGAUCCAGAAAUCGCCCAAACCGAGUCUGCCGUUCAAUGGUCCAUCGUGGCGUUGGGUGGAGUGAUCGCCGUCAUGUUGAUGCUGAUUGGGUCCUUCUCCGAGCUCUCCUAUUUGCCCAUAUCAUGGUCAAGCACGCGGGUGAUUACAAGACGCAUCAUGCUACUGUGCGUUCUGUUGGUGCUCAACGCCGGUCCUACCGUUUACUGUGUGUUUAUCGAUCGACGGAGCCCCAUCUCAAGGCUCGUGGCCGCCUCGCAACUGCUAAUAAGUAUUGCCACGACUUUAUACCUCGCGAUCACGCCGUCGUCCAAACUGUUUGUUCGAUCCAAACGUAGUGCACGUUCGGAUCUGGUUCUUCAAAAAUUUACCGCCAACUUCCCUCCGCUCAAACGCAUCGAUCGCAUCAUGUCCAUUGCUCUGUGGGUCUUUGUGUUCACUUGCAAGUUGUUGGAAUCGUACUUCUUCUUGGCACUUUCAUUCAAGGAUCCACUCAAAGUCAUGCACGCGAUGCAUAUUGAACACUGCAACGACAAGAUUAUCGGUUCCGCGCUUUGCAGCCGCAUGCCCAACAUUACCAUUGUACUCAUGUUUCUCAUGGACCUUGUCCUGUAUUUUCUCGAUACCUAUCUCUGGUACAUUAUAUGGAACACCGUCUUCUCAGUGGCACGUUCGUUCUACCUCGGGAUUUCCAUAUGGACGCCUUGGCGCAACAUCUUUUCCCGCUUACCCACCCGCAUUUUUGUCAAGCUGCUCGCAACGUCCGAUAUUCAAAUCAAGCUUAAAACGAAGGUGGUGUGUUCUCAGAUAUGGAAUGCCAUUGUCAUUACCAUGUAUCGAGAACAUCUCAUUACCGUCGACCAUGCUCAACGCAUGCUUUACGAGCAGGAGAUAAACCCGGUCGAUGGUCGAAAGACGUUAAAGCCGCCUACAUUUUUUGUAUCCCAAGAAGACACCGCUUUCAAAACGGAAUAUUUCCCUCAGCAUAGUGAGGCCGAACGUCGUAUUCACUUUUUUGCUCAGAGUUUGACCACCCCUAUGCCGCCGCCUCGUCCCAUCGGUUGUAUGCCGUCAUUUACGGUACUCACCCCGCACUAUGGAGAGAAAAUCUUGUUGACACUCCGUGAAAUCAUUCGAGAAGAAGAUCAGUACACGCGCAUUACAUUGUUAGAAUAUUUGAAGCAAUUGCAUCCUAUUGAGUGGGAUAAUUUUGUUCGCGAUACCAAGAUCAUGGCCGAAGAAGCCGCAUGUAGCGGCAACGCCACGCGCAGUUCGUCGCUGUUCUCGGAAAUGUCAGAAAAGGACACCGUCAAGAGCAAGAUUGACGAUCUUCCAUUCUACUGCAUUGGAUUCAAAUCGUCCAAGCCCGAAUACACAUUACGCACUCGCAUCUGGGCUUCCUUGCGAUCACAAACGCUUUACCGUACGGUGUCUGGAUUCAUGAAUUACAGAAAAGCCAUCAAGUUGCUGUACCGAGUAGAACAUCCCGACAUUAUCAGCAGUUAUCACGACGAUGUCAGUCGACUCGAUCGCGAUCUUGAUCGGCUGGCCCGUCGAAAGUUCAAAUUCUUGGUUGCCAUGCAGCGUUAUGCGAAAUUCAACCAACAAGAGGCUGAAGAUGCGGAACUGUUGUUUAAAGCGUAUCCGGAUUUACAGGUAGCCUACAUUGAGGAAGUGGAGCCUCGCGAAGAUGAGCCGGACGGCGAAGUAACGUAUUACUCGGCACUCAUUGACGGUCACUGCGAACGCUUGGAGAACGGCAAGAGAAAACCAAAAUACCGUGUCCGUCUCCCGGGAAACCCGAUUUUGGGUGAUGGGAAGUCCGACAACCAGAAUCAUGCGCUCAUCUUUUAUCGAGGCGAAUUCUUGCAGUUAAUUGACGCCAAUCAAGAUAAUUAUCUGGAGGAAUGUCUCAAGAUCCGCAACGUUCUGGGUGAAUUUGAAUGCCUCGAACCGUCCGAAGUGUCACCCUAUUCCCCUGCGUGGCAAGAUAAACAAACCGCGCCUGUGGCCAUCGUGGGCGCCCGGGAGUACAUUUUCUCUGAAAACAUUGGUGUCUUGGGCGACGUUGCAGCCGGCAAAGAACAGACGUUUGGUACCCUCACGCAGCGUAUCAUGGCCAAAGUGGGAGGAAAAUUACAUUACGGUCAUCCCGAUUUCCUCAAUGCGAUUUUCAUGACAACGCGUGGCGGUGUGAGCAAAGCGCAAAAGGGUCUGCACUUGAACGAAGACAUCUAUGCGGGCAUGAACGCGUUUACGCGCGGUGGACGUAUCAAGCAUACGGAGUAUUUCCAGUGCGGCAAAGGUCGUGAUCUCGGUUUUGGUUCUAUUCUGAAUUUCACUACCAAGAUCGGUACAGGCAUGGGCGAGCAAAUGUUAUCACGAGAGUACUAUUACAUCGGUACGCAGUUGCCACUCGAUCGGUUCUUGACCUUUUACUAUGCGCAUCCCGGUUUCCACAUCAACAACAUCUUUAUCAUGUUUUCGGUGCAAAUGUUCAUGUAUGCUCUCAUGUUUAUCGGUGCUAUGGGAUCCACACUUUUGAUCUGCGAGUACAAUGCAGAUGCGCCUCCGGACGCCCCACUAACCCCGGACGGCUGCUACAACAUGGUGCCGAUCUUUGAAUGGGUCAAGCGUUGUAUUUUAUCCAUUUUCAUCGUGUUCUUUGUGUCCUUCUUGCCACUGUUCCUUCAAGAGUUGACAGAACGUGGAUUUUGGCGAAGUCUGACACGUCUCGGACGGCAUUUCAUGUCCUUUUCACCGUUGUUUGAGAUCUUUGUCACGCAGAUCUACACCAAUUCGGUCCUGGACAACAUGGUGUACGGCGGGGCUCAGUAUAUUGCGACAGGGCGUGGAUUCGCAACGUCUCGUAUUCCAUUUGCUCUGCUGUAUUCGCGCUUCUCAGGAUCCAGCAUCUAUUCUGGAUCACGGAACUUGCUCAUUAUGCUGUUUGCGUCGUUGGCUGUGUGGCUUCCGCAUCUGAUCUAUUUCUGGUUCACGGUGGUGGCGCUGAUUGUGUCGCCCUUCAUUUUCAAUCCCAACCAAUUUUCAUUGGUCGAUUUCUUGGUAGAUUAUCGUGAAUUCAUGCGGUGGCUUUCGCGCGGCAACUCGAAAACGCAUCAAUCCUCGUGGAUCAACCAUUGCCGACUUUCUCGCACACGCAUCACCGGUUACAAGCGUCGACGGACCAGCAAGAACAGUACGGUGGUUGGCGACAUUCCUCGAGCUCGUAUAGGAGCCAUCUUCUUUUCAGAAGUGGUAUUGCCCUUCAUCGUGGCUAUUCUUUGCGUCGUGCCAUAUCUUUUCGUAAGGAGCUUCGAUCCGGAUGACAGUACACUUGCAUCCAAGGGUCCGAGCGCACUACUACGUGUAGGGGCCAUUGCUAUGGGUCCUAUUCUCCUGAAUGCCGGGGCUUUGGCCAUGCUCUUCUUCCUUUCGAUUGUGCUGGGUUCCAGCUUAAGUUUAUGCUGUACGAAAUUCGGAUCGACGGUUGCCGCCAUGGCUCACGGAUGGGCGGUGAUCAACUUGAUUAUUUUUGUGGAAGCACUGAUGCUUUUGGAAGAGUGGAAAUUAACCAAUAUCAUUCUGGGGCUCGUAUGCAUGAUUGGCGUCCAACGAUUUGUACUGAAAUCGCUGACCGUCCUGUUUCUGACCCGGGAAUUCAAACACGACGAAGCCAACCGUGGCUGGUGGACCGGCAAGUGGUACGGGCGUGGCGUAAGUACUGUGUCUCAACCGUUACGUGAAUACCUGUGCAAGAUUGUUGAGAUGAGCAUUUUUGCCAUUGAUUUCGUGCUGGGCCAUUUCAUUUUAUUUUUCCUAUCUAUCUUUUGCCUUAUUCCUUACAUCAACACGGCGCAUUCCCUUAUGCUCUUUUGGCUACGACCAAGCAAGCAGAUCCGGCCUCCCGUAUGGACCGCCAAACAGAGGCGAGCCCGUCGAAAAAUCGCCAUCACUUACGGUCUGCUAUUCUUUGCUUUGUUCUUUUUAUUUGUCGCUCUGAUCGGUGGCCCCAUGGUGGUGGGCAAGAAGUUGAAAUUCAUUAAUCCACGCAAACUACCCAUAUAA